ACUGUUAUCAGUUGUGGUCUAAACAAUAACAAAGCAUUUUUUAUGAACAUUUUUCCUGUUUUUCUUCCUAAACUACGAAUUUUCAUUCUUUCGUAAAAGUAUUUUAUUAUUAAAAAAAACAUCGACAACUUAUUCUCAUCCUUCAAACGCAAUAAAUGGAAUCAGACGACCCAGCUUCGCUAAAAGAAGCAUUGACCCAAUAUGAAUCUCAACUCACUCAUGUGACAAAUCUUAUUCAAAACAGCGAUCAAGAAUCACUCGCUGGAUUAAAUUCUUUGAAAAGUAAGCUGGUUGAAUUAAUCGAAUUGACAAAGGAGAGUUUGGCAUCUCAAGAACCAACAGAAACAAAUACAAACAGUAGUAACAAUAUCGACGAUGAAUAUGCUUUAUUCAUGUCUGAAGUGGGAGAUACUGAUCAGUCUGAAAGCGUUGCAGAAACGAAAGUCACACCGAAAAAAAAUACCGAUACAGAAGGCCAGAAAUAUGAUCCAGAAAAAUUGGAUAUUUCCGAAGAUGAAGAUAAUAUAAUGAAUGAAUUGAAUAGUUUAAUUGGAAUAAAAUGCCAAGCUCCUUAUUCAGAGAAUUGGACUGGUGCUGCUGUAACCUAUCAUAAUGCUUUAAUUAUGAGUAUAGAUUCUAUAGAAGAUUCAGAAACGUUAAAAAUAAGAGUUAUAUUUAUAAAUCCAACAUCUCAGAAAAUGAUUCCUUGUAAUUACUUCCUAGACGGAGAUUGUAAAUUUUCAGACGAGCGGUGUCGUUUUAGCCACGGAUACGUAGUUAGUUUUUCUGAUUUAAAGGAAUACAAAGAACCAGAUUUUAGCCUAAUUAAAGAGAAUAUUCAAGUAUUAGCAAAAGAUACGGAUAAUUUGUGGAAACGUGCAAUUGUGAAAGAGCUGAUAUCGGAGGAAAAUCAGUGCACUGUUCAGUUUGAAUCUGGCAGUAAAAAGAUAGUAGUUAUUGAUUUGCAUGAUACAUUGCCUCUGCUUGAAUCAGAAGAAAAUGACAUGGAAUCCGAAUCUUGUACUCAUCCAAACAGCGGUAACGCUGCUCCUAAGCAAUCGAUAUCGAAUGAAGAACACGAAGCCAUUGUAGAGAAAAGUUUAACUCAGCAGCCUCUUGCAGAGAAACUGGGAGGAUGGGAACAGCAUACUAAAAGUAUUGGAUCAAGAUUGAUGGCAAAAAUGGGUUAUGUAGUCGGAACAGGAUUAGGUAAACGUGGAGAAGGUCGAGUCGAACCUGUAGCUGCAGUUGUCCUACCACCGGGAAAAUCACUCGAUCAUUGCAUGAAACUUCGAGAGGCUGCUGGUGGUGAUCCUAACUUAUUUAAAGCCGAGAAAUACCAACAAAAAUUACAAAAUAAAAUCAUAGCUCGAAAUGCCAGAAAACAAAAUCUACUUAAGAAACCUCGAAAUGUCUUCAACUUCAUAAACGAUUCACUUUCAAGUUCGUCUUCAAAACAAUCUCAUUCCUUUCAUCAAGACGAACCAGGUUUGAAAACUUCAUCAGCGCAACAGUUGAACGUCGAAGAAUUGAAAGUCAGCGAACGUAUUGAUAAGAAAAAAUAUGAAUUAUAUGUUCUUCAAGAUACCUUGACAAGGCAAAAGAAAAACACCGUAGGAUUCAAUUCAGUCGCAAAGAAACUAAAACAAGCCCAAAUGGAACUUGAUUCGUUGCAAAAUAAAUUAAAAGACGUGAACAAAGAACAAUCGUACCGAAAAACUAUGAAAGAAUUGACUAAGUUUUAAAACUUGUUUAUUUUGUAAAAACAAAAUUAAAUUUUUUUCAGCUCACAA